UGUGCCUCCGGGAGGGAGAGGAGGGGUGAGCGAAGGCCGAACGCUGGGGAAGGAGCGGCAACUUCACAGCGUGAGGCUGGGCGCCAGCGAGGCUGCCUGUCCAGCUGAGCCAGCGGCCUGAGCCCAGCCUCCUCCCGGGAUGUUCGCUCUCGCUCUCCGCGCAGCAGCGCUGGGGCUGUUGCUCCUGGGGGCGCUCCAAGCCUUCCCGCAGGGUCGAGCCCCCACGGACCCCUGUGCUGGAGACCCCAACCGCCACUAUGACAAGGCUGCCGGGAGGUGCUGUUACCGCUGCCCUGAGGGGUCCUCCCCACAGCAUCUGUGCCCGCAGGGGCCAUCCGGCUGCAGGAAGCAGUGCCAGCAGGACUACUACCUGGACAGGGCUAACCGGUGCACAGCCUGCGUGAGCUGCAGAGACGACCUUGUGGAGAAGAAGCCAUGUUCGGGGAACUCCCCCCGCAUCUGUGAGUGCCGGGCCGGCAUGUUCUGUGUCACGUCAGCCUCCAACUCCUGUGCCCGCUGCUUCCCCCACUCCGUCUGCCCCCCAGGGACGAUUGUCAAGUUCCCCGGCACAGCGCAGAGGGACACCGUCUGCGAGCCCCCUUCCCCGGGGACCAGCCCUGACUGCGGCACCGGCCCGGAGGACUGCAGGGCGCCUGCCAGCGGCACCACCCCCCCGGCCGAGCCCACCCUGACCUCAGCCAGCUCCGACGCCAGGACCCCGCUUCUUGAAGGGGAAACUCCUCUCACCCCCGAAGCUGAUUCCAAAAUGAUGAGGGCUCCCAACUCUCUCUCCCCCGUGGGGAAGCCCAGGCUGGAUCCAGCACGGUCCCCGCAGCGCCUGUGCCCUCUGGGGUCCGCCGACUGCAGGAAGCAGUGUGAGCGGGACUACUACCUGGACAGGGACGGCCGCUGCACAGCCUGUGUGAGCUGCUCGGGAGAUUACCUCGUGGAGAAGACACCUUGCACGUGGAACUCCUCCCGCGUCUGUGAAUGUCGACCUGGCAUGAUCUGUGUCACGUCAGCCACCAACUCCUGUGCCCGCUGCGUCGCCCGCCCUGUUGUCCCACCCCAGGUGGUCACCACAUGCCAGGGCACAGCUGAGAGGAACACCACCUACGAGCCGCCUCACCUUAACCGCAGCACCAACCCAGAGGACAGCGAGGUGCCGGCCAGCACCAGCGCCUCCCGGAUCUCCCUGGCUGGAAAGGGGCAUGGAGGAGGCGCCACCCAUGCCCGGGAGGACGCCUCCCUCUCAACAAGUGCUCCCGUCUCCUUCUCCUCCGCGGGGAGACCCAUCCUGGUUUCAGGCCCCGUGCUCCUCUGCCUGCUGGCGCUGCUGGCGGUGGUGGUCUGCGCCGGCUCCCUCCUCCUGUGCCACCGCAGGGCCUGCUGGAAGUGGAUGCAGCAGAAGCUCCACCUGUGCUAUCCCGUCCAGACCUUCCGGCCCAAGCCCGAGGCUGCGGGUAACCGAGGGCAUAGGGACCCCGUUCAGGUUUCCCCAUCCCCCCCAGCAAGGUCCCCUGUAGCAAAAGCGUUCCGUUUGAACCCCCUGGCUGUGGAGCCCUGCACCCACGUGGGGGCAGCCGGCCUGGAGAGCCUGCCGCUGGUGGGGGCCAGCCCAGCCGGGAGCCCCUCGUCCCCCAGGGACCUUCCCGAGCCCCGGGUGACCACGGAACAUACCAACAACAGGAUCGAGAAAAUCUACAUCAUGAAGGCCGACACAGUGAUCGUGGGGACCGUGAAGACCGAGGCGCCGGAGGGCCGGGGCCUGGCGGGGCCGGCGGGGCCCGAGCUCGAGGAGGACCUGGAGAUGGACCAUGCCCCACACUACCCGGAGCAGGAGACGGAACCACCUCUGGGCAGCUGCGGGGAUGUCAUGUUCUCGGUGGAGGAGGAAGGGAAGGAGGACCCCUUGCCUGAGACGGCGUCUGGGAAGUGAGGCCUGGCUGGGGCUGAGAGAGCAGCUGGGCGCCCCUGGGACAGGGCUGCAGGGUGGGCCACGCUGGUGCAGAGGCCCAUCUGCUGACCUGAGUUUCCAGCACCCAGUGGUCAAUGCAGGAGGGGCCUGGGGGUCUCCACCUGCAUCCCCACCCAGCUGCCCCCACCCUGACCCUAGGGCAGUGGGCUGUGCAGGGGAGACAACCAGGGUGUUGGAUAUGAAUGCGAUGUUUGCUGGGGCAACAGAAAGACAGACAGUAGGGACUGGACGCUUCGCCUCUGCUGCUACUGAGAAGAUACCCCAGAGUCCUGGCAUGGGCCCCCCGCCCUCCAGGGUGGAGCCCACCUGAGGCAGAGGCCAUGAGGCCCACACCCCAAGCCUUCUCCCCUCAACUGGGCCCCUGGAGAGAUACCCACGGGGCCUUGCUACCAGGCCAACAGCCCGCAGUUACUGUAAACUCGGCCCGCAGUGGCCUUGAGCCAGUGCCUGUGGUUUCUCCUCCGUCAGAAGGGAAACAGAGGGAUCAGGCGGCCGGCUGGCCCGUCUCAGCCACUGCGGCCAUGCUCUGCUCUGUGCCCUAUGCCUGGUGGUGCCCAGCCUGCCUCCAGCCCUGCGUGGGCCGAGGGGGGACCCUCCUGGUGCUGCCCUUUCCCUGUUCUGUGGCCCCACGGUGGACCCCCGGCCUAGGACCAACUCAUUCAUCUCAGAAUGUCCCUCCCAGUCCCAGUGACGGUGGGCCCUUCGGGGUCCUUGCCUGCUCGGUGGGCACCGCCCGCUCUGUCCUGGGAAAUGAAGAUGCCCUUCCCCGGAUCUGCCGCCCUCGUGGGUCCCCAUGGCACCAGGCCUGCCUCUUGCAGCAGCUGCUCCGCACCCGUGUUGGGACAUGGAUGUCAAAAGCCACGUCUGCCUUAUCCUGGGCUUGGGGGGAAGCUCUGUGUAACUCAGUAUGGGGUCAGGAUGUCUGCAUCGCACACUAAGGAAUAAUCUGUCGGCUGGCCUGCUCUCCCAGGGCUUUCAGACGCGUGUACACAGGCGCGUGGCCUUGGAAAGGGACCCGUGGACGGACGACAGGGGGCGGCAGGCCAGGCACCGAGUCUCGGGUCCUGGAAUUACCCUCCGAAGCCAGUCCUGAAAGCUGCUGUUUACGCACCAGCCUCUCGUCGCUGGAGGAAGUCGGGGCCGGGUCAGGAAUCGCAGGGGCCGUUUCUGAGACCUCUCAGGUAUUUUGGGGGAAGUUGAAGAGACCGUUACACCAGAACCUGGAGAAGUUCAUGUGGGAUGGGUGAUCUUUGCCCAAAUGCCUGUGUGGGCGGCUUUGCACCCGAGCCUCCGUGCCCGAUGUCAGCACGCGCCCAGCACCUCGUGGGCAGGGCUCAGGCUGCCUGUGGCGGCCGCUGACAUCUGCUUAAUGAAAUGACACACUCCCUCGCCCAAGAGCCCUUCACAGAACAUGAUCUUUUAAAAAUUCACAAAGUUCCUUACCAAUGACCAUAAGGCUGAGGACUCUCUCAUGGAGACUGAGAGCCUUUGGGAAGCUAUGAGGACGGGGAUCCCGCCACCCCUCUGCCCGGCCUCUGGGGACAGGGCGCUGCUGCCCGCAGAGCCACCCCUCCGCUGCUGGAGGGUCUUCCUCCCUGUAACUCCCGCGCCCUGGCCCAGGCCUGCCUGGAGGACACUCUGAAUAAAGCUGCUCUGCACCAGGCUCCCUGGGGGUGUUUGCAGAAGGGGCUGUGGGAGAGGGCAUCACAGAAGCUGCACAGAUGCCCCAGCCUGGGGGUCUCAGGGAGGGACUGAAGGGUCAAUGUGAGCCGAGGGCUGCAUGCAGGAGCUGGAAGCGCCCCCCCCACCCCCCCGCAGGACUCCAGGCCCCGCCCGUGGUCAGUGCGGGCCGGCGAAUAUCCCUGCCCUCCAGUGACAGGGCCUUCUUAGCCUCUGCUGUUCAGAUGGGCAGGUGGACCAGGGCCCUGCUGCUCAGGGUGGCAGUUCCCAGGGUGCAGGGCACCUCACACAUGUGCACACCCCCUUCCUGAACGGCCGCAGUCAGGAAGGAGUGAUAAGUGUCCUGUGGAGGCUGUCAUACUCGGAGAAACCCCGCUGUCUCCCAGAGCGGCCUCGGAGGUGGGAGACGACUCUAGGUGCUUACGGCCAGGCCCGCCCCUCAGAUGGAGCAGGAGACUCAAUCUUGCGUGUCUCCAUCUUCCCGCCCCUCCCACCCCAGUCAUUGCUGUCCCACAGCCCCAGGGACUGCUCUGCUGGGCUGAACAGAAAUGACUGUGCAGAGGCGAGAGGCCGCCCUCCAGCUGAAGUUUCUUGGGUGCCUUCUCACCUCCACCCCUUCCUUGGUCCUCCCUGUCCUUGUGGGGGGCAGGGAGGGGCUGGGGACAGAUGGGUGGGGCAGGGACCCGAUUCACUCAUAGGCCCUUGACCGUGUCAGUCCUGCUUGGCUGGAAGCCAAGGUGAGAACAUUAAACGCUUCAAGGAUGGCUACUCCAGCCCAAGGGGAAGCUGGCCGAGCCCACCUGGGGCUCCUGCACCCUCCCCAGGCCCCUGGCCCUGGGCCAACACCCAUGCUGGCGCACACCUGGGACCCUGUGGGGUGCCCCAGAGCAGCAGGUCAGCAGCGGAAGUGACCGAGGUGCGGACAGACAGUGUGCGGCAGGGACUGGGAUUCAGGCCCAGCUCUGUCGCUUAGUGGGGCUGUCUAGGUUAGGUGCCGUGAUCUCCCUAGAGCUCAGUUUCCUGAUCUGUGAAAUGGGCCAGGGUUGUGGGGUUCCCUUAAACGCCACCUGACAUGCGGCUGGUGUUUGCUGCGUGGCAGCCUCUGUCCUCGGUCCAGCCCAGCGGCCACUUGCCAAGGGUGAGCCCUUCCUGGGUCUGCAGAAUUCAACCCCUCUAACUUACCAACAGGUAACCUCCAGGAGGCAUCGGGCUAAGAACACUCUUCUCCCAGAAAAACAACAUGAAAGCUGGUGGCUGGUUCCAGGCUGGCGUUAGCUUCGGUGAGGCUGACAGGCUUCCAGGCUCUCCUGGGGCCUGGCCUCCCUCGGGGUGUGUUGCUGUGGGAACCCCACAGUGGACAGACUGCUUCUUGCUCCGUGGGGCACCCAGAGGACCCCUCAUGUCACAGUCACAGGAGUGGCGGUUGGUUAGAUGUCUGUAACUCUGUGCAUUUGUGAAGUGUUGCCGGUCCCUCUGCAGGGACGUCCUGCUUGUGGUUCCAGGGUGUUCCAGGCAGCACCGCGUUGCUGUUCAAAAUCUCCUUUCCUCUCCUUCCCUCCCCCCUCCCUUCCAAACACACCUGUGAUGAGCCAGGCCCGGUCCAGCUGCAGAGGAUGCGCUGAGCUCAGACCGCCUCCGUGGGCCCUGUGUCCAGUGGCUGAGAUCCACGAUGGCACAGAACCGAACCUGUGAACAAGGUCGUUCCAGAGACGAUGGGGUUAUGUGCUAGGGGCGCCCCAGUUAGGGGACCAGGCAGCGCCUCGAAAGCAGGGUCGGCUCCAGCCAGGUGGUCCAGGAGGUGCCCUUUGAGCUCCACCUGAGUGACAUGAUGCGUGGGCAAGGGGAGGACCUGGGGGCCCAGCGACCUGGGAAGUCAUGAACCACCGCUGCAAAGGCCCCCAGGUGGGGAGGCUCCUGGCCUUGGGACUCGAGGAGCACACCUGGUGGGAGCACCGGGGCCGGGCGGAGAGAAGGUGAGCAGGCAGGCUGACAGCCAGGCCACGGAGGGCCUCGCGGGCCAUUGCAAGGUGCUCAGAUUUUAUCGUCAAACGGAUGGAGACUUGACUUGGGGUGGUGAACACACAGUACAGUGUACAGCUGAUGUGUUGUGGAAUUGUGCGCCUGAAGCCUGUGUAAUUUUGUUAACGGUGUCACCCUAAUAAAUUCAAUAAAAAGGAAAAGGAAAAAAAAAAA